UUUAACAAUAUGAUAUGUCAUUGUAACAAGUUCUUGUUAUCGAAUAUUGUUAUCUCAGCAAACUCAUUUCAGUGAUUGCUAUGAAAGUGCAAGGGCAGUAUUUAUAAUUAAAAUGGCUGUAAAUCCUGAGUUUAUUUAUUUUCAAAUGAAUUUCUUUGAGGAGAUUAGAAAUAUUCUUAAUCGACAUCACUUAAGACUGCAAUUUAGAUCUAUUAGAGAUACAAGUAAUCCUUUUGAACUUCCCAAUGAAAAAUUUAUUAAAUUAUUUCGUUUAAAUAAAACAGCAACUUUAGAAUUAAUUCAAGAUUUGGAAAUGUUUGUCAAUGAACCUACCAGAAAAGAUAAAGUGCCAUUUCAUUUACAGGUUUUUGCAAGCUUAUUAUUUUAUUCACAAGGGGGUUAUCAAACCACUGUAGGUGAAGACUAUAAUUUGGGAAUAAGUCAACCCAUGAUAAGUAGAAUUUUAAACAAAAUAAGCAAUUUAAUUAGUGUUCACUUAUUACCAAGAUAUAUUAAAUUUCCUACAACUGCUAAUGAAGUGAUAAACGUGAAAGAAGGGUUCCUAAAUAAAGGAUUUCUAUUUCCAAAUGUAAUUGGUACAAUAGAUUGUACACAUAUAGCUAUAGUUUCCCCAAAAAUAGAUCACCCAGUGACUCCAGCAGUGGCUUACUUAAAUAGAAAAGGUUUUCAUAGUAUAAAUGUGCAAGCAAUUUUUGACUCAAAUUUGAUGAUCUUGAAUGUGAAUGCUAGAUAUCCAGGAGCUGUUCAUGAUGCCGCUAUAUGGGAAGCCUCAAGUAUUCAUAGAUACUGUCGUAGAAGAUAUCAAGAAGGAAUUCGUAACAAUUAUCUUCUAGGGGAUUCUGGUUAUCCAAUUCAACCAUGGUUGAUGACCCCAAUCCUAGAUGCACCUCCUAAUACUCCUCAAGCUGUUUAUAACGACAGACAUAUUAGAACACGUAAUGUUGUAGAAAGAGGAUUUGGUGUUUGGAAGGCUCGCUUUAGAUGCUUAAGGAAAGACCGUGUUCUUCAUUACUCACAUGCAACUGCUGGACGAAUUAUUUAUGCAUGUGCAGUUUUGCACAAUAUUUGUAGAAAAUACAAUAUACAAAAUGAAUUAGAUGCUAAUAUGAAUGAUGAUGAAGAUGGAAACGAUAACUAUAUCAAUGCAAAUGAUAAUGUGAACGAUGACAUUCUUACUGAAGGCAGAUUUAUUAGAGGACAGAUAGUGAAUCAGAUGGUUCUUAAUUAAAAUGUAAUUCAUUCUAUAUUUAUAAAAUUAAUAUGAUAUAUUCUUUUAUAAUAAUUGUUUAACUGACUUAAGUCGUUAUGUAA